AUUUGUAGAAUUAGAUUUUUAAUUUUAAUUAUAGUUAGAAUUAAUUUUUUUUUAUUAAGACUUUUUUUUUUAUUAAAUGAUUAUUCUGUAUUUUUGGAAUGAGAAGUUGUUAGUUUAAAUUCUGUGAGAAUUGUUAUAACUUUUUUAUUCGAUUGAAUGAGAUUAUUGUUUAUAUCUUUUGUUUUAUUAAUUGCUUCGUUGGUAAUUUAUUAUAGAAAGGAAUAUAUGAGAGAGGACAAAAAUAUUAAUCGAUUUAUUAUAUUAGUGCUUAUGUUUGUAUUAUCAAUAAUGUUGUUAAUUAUUAGUCCUAAUAUAAUUAGAAUUUUAUUAGGAUGAGAUGGGUUGGGAUUAGUUUCUUAUUGUUUGGUAAUUUAUUUUCAAAAUGUUAAGUCAUAUAAUGCUGGGAUAUUAACAGUACUAUCUAAUCGAAUUGGAGAUGUAGCUUUUUUAUUAGCAAUUGCUUGAAUAUUAAAUUAUGGGAGAUGAAAUUAUAUUUUUUAUUUAGAAACUAUAAAACAUAGAAUGGAGAUAGAAAUUAUUGGGGGGUUAAUUAUAUUAGCAGCUAUAACUAAGAGAGCUCAAAUUCCUUUUUCAUCUUGAUUGCCAGCUGCUAUGGCUGCUCCUACUCCAGUUUCUGCUUUAGUUCAUUCUUCAACUUUAGUAACUGCUGGUGUUUAUUUAUUAAUUCGUUUUAAUGUUUUAUUAAGAGGUAGAUGAUUGGGAGAUUUAUUGUUAUUAUUAUCUGGAUUAACUAUAUUUAUAGCUGGGUUAGGAGCUAAUUUUGAAUUUGAUUUAAAGAAGAUUAUUGCAUUAUCUACUCUUAGACAGUUGGGAUUAAUAAUAAGAAUUUUAUCUAUAGGAUUUUAUAAACUUGCUUUUUUUCAUUUAUUAACUCAUGCUUUAUUUAAGGCUUUGUUGUUUAUGUGUGCUGGGGCUAUUAUUCAUAAUAUAAAUAAUUCACAGGAUAUUCGGUUAAUAGGAGGGCUAAGUGUUUAUAUGCCUUUGACUUCAGGAUGUUUUAAUGUAGCUAAUUUGGCUUUAUGUGGUAUACCCUUUUUAGCUGGGUUUUAUUCUAAGGAUAUGAUUUUAGAAAUUGUUUCUUUAAGAAAUAUUAAUAUAUUUUCUUUUUUUUUAUAUUUUUUUUCUACUGGGUUAACAGUUUGUUAUUCUUUUCGGUUAGUAUAUUAUUCUAUAACUGGGGAGCUGAAUUGUGGUUCUUUAAAUAUGCUUAGUGAUGAGGGUUGAAUCAUGUUACGUGGCAUAAGUGGGCUAUUAAUUAUGAGAAUUAUUGGGGGUAGAAUGUUGAAUUGAUUAAUUUUUUCAACUCCUUAUAUAAUUUGUUUACCUAGUUAUUUGAAGUUAUUGACUUUGUUUGUUUGUGUUAUAGGAGGGGUAUUUGGGUAUUUAAUUUCAGAUGUUUCUUUAUUUUAUUUUAAUAAGUCUUUACAUAAUUAUUUGGUAAGUUAUUUUUUUGGUUCGAUGUGAUUUAUGCCUUAUAUUUCUACUUAUGGGAUUAUUAAUUAUUCUUUGAUUUUAGGGGGAAGAGUUUGUAAAUCAUUUGAUCAAGGUUGAUCGGAAUUUUUAGGGGGUCAGAAUUUAUAUAAUAAUUUAGUUAGUUAUUCUCGGCAUGUAUUUGUUAUACAUAAUAAUAGUUUGAAGAUUUAUUUAUUAUUAUUUGUUUUGUGAAUUAUUAUUUUAUUUUUUUUUUUGAUAUUUUAA